GGUCGGCACAAACGUUAGGUUAUAAAUAAAACCGGCGGGAAUCAGGCAGCUUUUGGCGGGAACCUAGACUGAACAGACACGGACACAUCCCGAUCUCUUUCUCUCUCGUACGAAAGCGAACUAUUUUGAAAGAUGAAGACUGUGCUGGUGUUGUGCGCACUUUUCGCCUGUGCGAACGCAGGCCUCAUCUCGGGGCUCCUCGGAACCAUCCACGAGACCUUCAUCGACCCUCUUCUCGGCUCUGCACAGCAGACGGCCCAAGACCUACUUGAGACCUACACGCCCAUCGUUGGUCAGACCGCCCAGCAGCUGACCGGCUCGGUGGUGGAGGGGGUUGGGGGUGUGCUGACGGACUGGGGGAUUGUGGACGAGCAGGCCGUGGUGGAGGCCGGACAGGCGCUGCAGGAGACCGUGGGGCAGACUAUCGACGGUAUCGGAGAUGGGCUCAAUACUCUGGUGUCAGGCAGGAAGAGACAGAUCGAGUUCCAGACUGAGAUCGGACAGAUCCUGCAUGAAGGAGUGAUGACCCUGCUGGAGCACACCACUCAGACCAUACAGAACGUGCAGCAGUCCCUCACCAACACCGUCAACACGCUGUUCGGGGAGCAGCCGGCCACCAAGGGAAUGCGCAUGUCUAUGGAGGGCAUCAAGCUUGUUGGUAAGCAGGGACUUGAAUACAAGGCCCAAACUCUCCUGAAGCAGCUCAGCAACGCCGUCAGCAAGGAGCGCCGUGCCCGUGGGUUCUUCGACGACCUUGCCGCCACCACGGCUGCCGUGUUCCAGCCUGCCAUUGAUGCCGCCCAACAGGCCUUCGGCCAGCUUGUUGACGCCGCCACCACCGUGGGUCAGCAGGUCCUGGACCACGGCACCACCCUGGUCAACAACGUGCAGGCUUCGCUGCAGCAGACCUACCAGGACAUCCUGAACGUGGCCCAGCCGUACAUCGAUGACGCCCAGACCAUCGUGUCCUCCAUCCAGAACCAGUUCCAGCAAACCGUCGGCACCACUGCCUAAGGCUUCAACACUCACGUGACGCGCCAUGACGCGUCAUCUGUCCAAAGUAUCCUGGAAAUGGUGACCUCACAAGGACGUCACUUUUACCAGACUUGCCACACUGAAUAAUAAAGACAUAUUACCUGAAA